AACCCGGCGCCGGCGGUGGCGGCCGGCGACUCGGUGCGAUCACGCCCGGGCGGCCGUGGCCCGCGCUCUGCGGCAUGAGCAGGUGACCGCGCGCGGGGCCAAGCGGGAGGCAGCCGUGGCCGAGACAUGGUUUUAGAUGCUGGAAAAACUGAGCAGAGAUGCGAAACUGCCAGAAAAUGACAACCAGUAGAAGAGACAGACUUGCAAAUACUUAACUAAUUACUAUACUGUGGCAAGUGCUGUAAUGGUGCAAAAGGAGUGUGAGGAAGAGGCUGUCUGUGUCAUUAUGUGUGCGUCGGUCAAGUACAACAUCCGGGGUCCUGCCCUCAUCCCAAGAAUGAAGACCAAGCACCGAAUGUACUACAUCACCCUCUUCUCCAUUGUCCUCCUGGGCCUCAUUGCCACUGGCAUGUUUCAGUUCUGGCCCCAUUCCAUUGAGUCCUCCAAUGAGUGGAAUGUAGAGAAACGCAGUAUCCGUGAUGUGCCCGUGGUCAGGCUCCCCACCGACAGUCCCAUCCCUGAACGGGGUGAUCUCAGUUGCAGAAUGCACACGUGUUUUGAUGUCUACCGCUGCGGUUUCAACCCAAAGAACAAAAUCAAGGUGUAUAUCUACUCUCUGAAAAAGUAUGUGGAUGACUUUGGUGUCCCAGCCAGCAACACCAUCUCUCGGGAGUAUAAUGAACUGCUCACGGCUAUCUCAGACAGUGACUACUAUACUGAUGACAUUAACCGGGCCUGCCUGUUUGUCCCAUCCAUCGAUGUGCUUAACCAGAACACGCUACGAGUUAAGGAGACAGCACAAGCAUUGGCCCAGCUCUCCAGGUGGGAUCGAGGUACAAACCACCUGUUGUUCAACAUGUUGCCUGGAGGUCCCCCAGAUUAUAACACAGCCCUAGAUGUCCCCAGAGACAGGGCUCUGUUGGCUGGUGGUGGCUUUUCUACAUGGACUUACCGGCAAGGCUACGACGUCAGCAUUCCUGUCUAUAGUCCACUGUCAGCUGAGGUGGACCUUCCAGAGAAAGGACCAGGUCCACGGCGAUACUUCCUCCUGUCAUCUCAGAUGGCUCUCCACCCCGAGUACAGAGAGGACCUGGAAACCCUCCAGGCCAAACACAGAGAUUCAGUGUUAGUCCUAGACAAAUGUACCAACCUCUCUGAGGGUGUCCUUUCAGUCCGUAAGCGCUGCCACAAGCACCAGGUCUUCGAUUACCCCCAGGUGCUGCAGGAGGCUACUUUCUGUGUUGUCCUUCGUGGAGCUCGGCUGGGCCAGGCAGUACUGAGUGAUGUAUUACAGGCUGGCUGUGUUCCAGUUGUCAUUGCAGACUCCUAUAUUCUUCCUUUUUCUGAAGUUCUUGACUGGAAGAGAGCGUCUGUGGUGGUGCCAGAAGAAAAGAUGUCAGAUGUGUACAGUAUUUUACAGACCAUCCCCCAAAGACAGAUUGAAGAAAUGCAAAGACAGGCACGGUGGUUCUGGGAAGCAUACUUCCAGUCAAUUAAAGUCAUUGCCCUGGCCACCCUCCAGAUUAUCAAUGACCGAAUCUAUCCAUAUGCUGCCAUCUCCUAUGAAGAAUGGAAUGACCCUCCCACUGUGAAGUGGAGCAGUGUGAGCAACCCACUCUUCCUCCCACUAAUACCACCCCAGUCUCAAGGCUUCACAGCCAUCGUCCUCACCUAUGACAGAGUGGAAAGCCUUUUCCGGGUCAUCACUGAAGUGUCCAAAGUGCCCAGUCUAUCCAAGCUGCUGGUCGUCUGGAAUAAUCAGAAUAAAAACCCUCCAGAAGACUCUCUCUGGCCCAAAAUCCGGGUUCCAUUAAAAGUUGUGAGGACUGCUGAAAACAAGUUGAGUAACCGUUUCUUCCCUUAUGAUGAAAUUGAGACAGAGGCUGUUCUGGCUAUUGAUGACGAUAUCAUUAUGCUGACCUCUGAUGAGCUGCAGUUUGGUUAUGAGGUUUGGCGGGAAUUUCCUGACCGGUUGGUGGGUUACCCGGGUCGUCUGCACCUCUGGGACCAUGAGAUGAAUAAGUGGAAGUAUGAAUCUGAGUGGACUAAUGAGGUGUCCAUGGUGCUCACAGGGGCAGCUUUUUAUCACAAGUAUUUUAAUUACCUGUAUACCUACAAAAUGCCUGGGGAUAUCAAGAAUUGGGUGGAUGCUCAUAUGAAUUGUGAAGACAUUGCCAUGAAUUUCCUGGUAGCUAACGUCACAGGGAAGGCUGUCAUCAAGGUAACACCACGAAAGAAAUUCAAGUGUCCUGAGUGCACAGCCAUUGAUGGGCUUUCGCUAGACCAGACACACAUGGUAGAGAGGUCUGAGUGCAUCAACAAAUUUGCUUCAGUCUUUGGUACAAUGCCUCUUAAGGUGGUGGAGCACCGAGCUGAUCCUGUCCUGUACAAAGACGACUUUCCUGAGAAACUAAAGAGCUUCCCCAACAUUGGCAGCUUAUGAAACAUGCCAUCGGUGGAGGUUUGAACAUUAAGCUUAGACAAAGGAAGAGAACACAGCCUCUCCAGCACUCUAAUAUCAGAUGGGGGACUUCAGAGUGGAAGACUGACAUGUUGGACAAGGCAUACACCCAGCUAACCUACUUGUUCAAGAACAGGAACCUAGAGAGAGUAUCUAAGCACCCUGAGCUGUGCAUCCUCUGCUCUAGUGUUUCUUACGAUGUCUGAUGGGUUCUUUGUGAAAAUGCCAAAUGGAAUUCUUUGUGGCAUGUUCCAGGUUUAAGUCCAGCUCAAGCUCCCUUUGUUUGCAGUUCCAAUAUGACAGUCUGAAAGGAAACUUCACUGACUAAGACUGCUGAGAAGCCCAUUUUAGGUCUGGGGAAUAGCAUGAAAGGUACCUGUAUCUCACUUUUAGUUAUUUCAAAUCAGUGAGUUCUUUGGAGGAAAAGCCAAGUCCAGAUUUGGUGCAAAAUCCAAGCAUCUUAGUGGUAUUUAACCUGUGCCUUGGGGUCUCGGGCCCUGGGCUCAUGCAGAGGAAGAGCACUGACUGCUGAGUUGGGAUUCUAUAAGUUCCAUGAACUAUUCCUCUUUUGUUUGGCUUUUUGAUAUGAUUAAAAUUGUUUUUUAUUCCUUCUUAUACUAUGUCUUAAAUACUGUUUAUUGAUAAUCCAAAGACCUGUCUUUCUGUUUUUGUAUAUUUGACUGUAUCUUCUGGCCGUAACUCCAGCCUACUGCCCGCGUCUGGGGACAUAAAGUCAGGAGGACUGUCUGGUGCCAUGUGCAUCAUCGAGCAGAGAAAGAUCCCCAAACAAGCAGAAGAGAUGUCUCCCUAAACCUCCAAAAAAAUCUGUUUGCUUCUGGAUUAGAUCCAGUCAAUCUUCCACAGGUAUUCUUUGGGAUAAACCGAGGGCUUCUAAUAGUCAUGCACGGAGUUGCCACAGCUAGUGCCGUGUUGUGAAAGUUGAGGGAAUUGUAACCCCAACCCAAGAGGACGCCAAAAUUUCCCUCAUCCUUUUGGUAUAAAACUUAAUGUAAGCCAGGGAGGUUCUGGCUAAUGUUAAAUGCCAUUAUAACAACUGCUUUGCAAUAGCUGCUGGUAUAUUUAAAUCAUUAAAUUUUAGCAUUUAGUAAUACUG